CAGCUCUUUGCAGAGGGUAAGGCCACGCCCCCUCCCUCGAUCCGCCCACUUCCCGUCGUGCCCCGCGGCUUUGCCGCCAUUGCCGCCAUGUUCCUCCAGUGCUACACGGACGAGCGCGGGGAGCGCGUUUACACCCUGAGGAAGCUGUCGCCGUCGGGGCAGCCCACCCGCUCGGCGCACCCAGCGCGCUUCUCGCCCGACGAUCGCUUCUCCCGGCACCGCUUGGCACUCAAGCGCCGUUUCGGCCUCCUCCCCACCCAGCAGGCACGGCCGCUGCUCUGAACCCACCCUGGCACCACCGAAUCCGGCACUAACGGCUCCAAAUCCGGCACCGGCAGCUCCGAAUAUGACACCGGCACCUCCAAAUCUGCCACCGGAACCUCUGAAUCCGGCACCGUUGGCUCCGAAUCAGGUCCAGCCUCUCCAAACCCAUCCCGGCCGCUCUUGAAUCCGGCACCGUUGGCUUUGUAAACUCAUUGUAGCCUUUCUAAACCUC